GUAUCAGCUCUGCGCAGGGAGGAGAGGAUUAGCUCAGCCACUCAUCUCAUCUGCAUUUACGCUUCUAGGGAAGCACAUGAGCAUCCAAGGCUGCACCCCUUUUGUAUAAAACCUGGCACUCCAAUCAUAGAGGCUGCACUUGAUCUGCUGUUACUGCCGUGUGAAGAUACAAAGACGACAAUUUGUUUCUUAUUUAAAGGUAUUUUUUGCACACUUUUUCAUUAUACACUAAAAGCACCUUUAUGUCAGAGAUGUGCUUAUUUAACUGGGAAAAUGCAAGUCAUAUUGUUUGACAGUUACUUGCUUUAAAAAAACAAGGAGACUAUCCUCAUUUUUUGGGACUUUUUUCCACUUGACCAUCUUUUUGUCCUGUCUGGGGACUGAAGCUUCAGAAUGCCAUCUCGAGAGUCCUUUGAUGUUCAAAAGAAAGAAAAGCAUCUGGUACAAAAGGCCAAGCAAGAGGCAAAUCAGGAGGACAUUCUGGCAGCGGCUCUGGGAAUGAGGAUGGGGCCACAGAAACCUUCAGCCACUUUUUGGCAACCACUCAAACUGUUAGCCUACUCGCAGCUCACAUCACUGGUUCGCAGAGCCACGCUGAAGGAGGUCGAUCGGACGCCCAGGUCUGACAAAGUCCACAACUUUAAGGUCCACAGCUUCCGGGGACCUCAGUGGUGCGAGCACUGUGCCAGAUUUAUGUGGGGACUCAUGGCUCAGGGGGUCAAAUGUGCAGACUGUGGUAUGAAUGUUCACAAAGAGUGCUCGGCUCUGGUGCCCGACGACUGCAAGCCCGACCUGAGACACAUCCGUAAGGUCUACAGCUGCGACCUCACGACCCUGGUGAAGGCCUAUAACACAGCCCGACCCAUGGUGGUGGACAUGUGCAUACGAGAAAUUGAAUCCAGAGGACUGAUGUCCGAGGGCCUCUACAGGAUAUCUGGAUUCAGUGAUUCAGUAGAAGAAGUCAAGAUGGGGUUUGAUAAAGAUGGCGAGAAGACAGACAUCUCAGUGAACGCCUAUGAAGACAUCAACAUCAUCACCAGUGCGCUGAAGCUGUACCUCAGGGAUUUGCCUGUUCCUGUAAUCUCCUAUGAUGCUUACCCCAGGUUCAUCGAGGCCACAAAGCUCACAGAUCCGGAGAAGAAGCUGGAAACUUUCCGGGAGGCUCUCGCUCUGCUGCCACCAUCACACAAGGAAACUCUCAAGUACCUCAUGGCCCAUUUAAAAAGGGUCACACAGAAUGAGAAAUUCAACUUGAUGAGCGCAGAGAACCUCGGCAUUGUCUUUGGGCCCACCCUCAUGCGUGCGCCCAACCAGGAUGCCAUGGCGGCCCUGAACGACAUCCGCCACCAGAGGCAGGUGGUGGAGGUGCUCAUUAAAAAAGAAGACCUGCUCUUUUAAGCUCUGAUCAGGUCUUUUGUGAGAACAUUUUCCAACUGUUUUUUUUUGUGUAAAGAUUGUUUUGUAUUAUAAUGAUGGACACUUUUUUAAAUGCUUGCAUCUGGACUAACAUCUGUUCUGGGUGCAGAUGAUGCACCUUACACCUAUUUCCUGACUCCCCAUUUUUGUCGGGGCUUUUUUAGAAGGCCAGCAUGCAUGGUGCAAGGUCUCUUUUGAUUUGUUGUAACUUAUCACGUGUUAUGAUUGUGAUUUUAUUUUAGUCUGUCCUGUAGUUAGUAAGUAUCGUCCACAUUCCUUUCUUUCUGCCUGCUCUGCAGUUAUUUCUGUGAAACUUUGUACAUCUGGAUAUAUAAACAAGCUACUAAAUUUUCUUAGGUGAUUUUUUUAUGAUGCUGUAUUUUUUUACCUCCUUGAUUGUUUGUAGGUGAUCCACAGUUUUUAGUUGAAUCUACUUUCCGUAUGUAAACACUGUUGCAUUUGUAUUGUGCUAUGAAACAGCAUUAUUUGUGAAAUUAAUUUUGUACUGUAAUGUUUUUCUAUACAACCUGUGCAUGAUCAAUUUAAUUUAUUAAAACCCUACUUUGACGAA